AUGGAGAGCGUUGCAGGCCUCUGGCCUUGGGUGCUGGCUGCGCUCUGCCUGCCAGGUUUGAUCCUCGGAGCACCCUCAACUUCCAGUUGCCAAGGAGCCUGUGAGUCCAGCUCCCCAGAAGGCCUCCUCUCUGAGGAGACCCAGAUGUCCUGGGACAAGGACAUCCCUGCAAUUAACCAAGAGCUCAUCCCAGAGGAAACCCCAGAGAGCAGCUUUCUCCUUGAGGGGGACAUCAUCCGACCGAGUCCCUUCCGGCUGUUGUCAGCUGCCAGUAACAAGUGGCCCAAGAGUAGCAGUGGCUUUGUGGAGAUCCCCUUCCUGCUCUCCAGCGAGUACAAUGAGCUCAGCCGGCAGGUCAUCCUGAAGGCAUUUGUUGAGUUUGAGCACUUAACGUGCAUCAGAUUUGUCUCCUACCAGGGCCAGAGAGACUUCAUUUCCAUUGUCCCAAUGUCUGGGUGCUUCUCCAAUGUGGGGCGCAGUGGAGGGAUGCAGGUGGUGUCCUUGGCACCUGCUUGUCUCCAGAGGGGCCUGGGCAUCGUGCUUCAUGAGCUUAUGCACGUGCUGGGCUUUUGGCAUGAGCAUGCCCGGGCCGACCGGGACCGCUAUAUCCGUGUCAACUGGAAUGAGAUCCUCCCAGGCUAUGAAAUCAACUUCCUCAAGUCUCAGAGCAGUAACAUGCUGGUGCCCUAUGACUAUUCAUCAGUGAUGCACUAUGGGAGGCUUGCCUUCAGCCGGCGUGGGAUUCCCACCAUCCUGCCACUCUGGGACCCCAGUAUCCACAUUGGCCAGCGAUGGAACCUGAGUGCCUUGGAUGUCACACGGGUCCUCAGGCUUUAUGACUGCAGACCAAGUGGUCAAAGCCCCCCUGGUAGAGGCUUCCAGGCCCACAGCAGUGGAAGGAGCCCCACUCCUGCUUCCAGGCCGUACUUGCAGAGGCUUCUGAAGGCAUUGCUGGUGGAAUCCAGGAGUUCUCACCCCAGUGGCUCUAAGGUUGGAGACCAGCAUAUUGCUGGAGGAUCUGGAGAGAUCUUCUUCCCCUCUACUCAGGAGUUCAGUGUGGAGGACCUUGCAAGGCCACCUCAGGCCCCAGCAUCCACCUCAAGCUCAAGGCCUGGAGCAGGCGCUCCUGGUGGUGGUCUGGAGUGGCCUUGA